AUGUCAAGUAAUUUAGAAAAUACACCAUAUCAUUCAAUAUUGCAACAAGAAACAUAUCGCAAAUUAUUAGGGCAAUUCAUAUCAUUGGGGGAAACAUUAACUGAUGCAAAUGAUCAUAAAGGAUUAAAUUCAGAUACUGUCACUCGAAUAUUAUCAGUAAAAUUUAGGAUGCAACAGCCAGAUUUACAUACAGGUUGGAGAGCUGCAACUCGUAGUAAAGAUAGGCUUAAUGUUAAUCACGUGUUUCAAUUCGGUGAGUUUUCAUGUACAUUAGCGCAUCUUGCUGUUGCUAAUGGUUCAUAUAAAUUAUUAAAAGCUCUAUUAGGGGCAGGUGCAGAUGUUAAUACUAAAGAUACACAUGGCAAUACUCCUUUACAUUUGGCGGUUGUCAGUGGCAAUGUGAAAGUAGUAAGUGCUCUAUUAAAAGCAGGUGCAGAUAAAAGUAUUAAUACUGAAGAUGAAGAUGGAAAAAUUCCUUUACAUUAUGCUGCUGCAAAUGGCUCACUUAAGAUAUUGAAAUAUCUAUUAAAAAAAGGUGCAGGUAUUAAUACUGCUGAAAGAAAAAAUGGAAGAACGGCUGUACAUUAUGCUGUUGCUAAUGGUUCACUUGAGUUAUUACAAUAUCUAUUAGAAAAUGGUGCAGAUGUUCAUAUUAAAGAUAAAAAUGAAAUAAGUCCUUUACAGUAUGCUGUUGCUAAGGGCGAUGCGAACGUAGUAAGUGCUCUAUUGAAAGUAGGUGCAGAUGUUAAUGCUGUAUUACAAGCAGGUGUAGAUGUUAAUGCUGUAUUAGAUAAAUAUAACCACACUCUGUUACACUGUGCUGCUAUAAGUGGUAACAUAGAGGCAAUGCACGUUCUAUUAGCGAAAGGUGCAGGGAUUAAUGCUCAAGAUGAAAAUGGAAGAACACCUUUACAUUGUGCUACUGUUAGUGGCAAUUUGGAAGUAGUAAAUGCUCUAUUGCAAGCAGGUGCAGAUGUUAAUGCUGCUGAAAGUAAAAAUGGAAGAACACCUUUACAUUAUGCUGCUGUUAGUGGCAAUUUGGAAGUAGUAAAUGCUCUAUUAGCAGCAGGUGCAGAUGUUAAUGCUCAAGAUAAAAAUGAAAGAACUACUUUACAUUAUGCUGCUAUUAGUGGCAAUUUGGAAGUAGUAAAUGCUCUAUUGAAAGCAGGUGCAUAUGUUAAUGCUAAAGAUAAAAAUGACAAAACUCCUUUAGAUCUGGCUGGUGAAGAAGGUCAUAAAAAUAUAGUAGAUGCUCUAUUAGCAGCAGGUGCAGUAGAAAUGGAAAAAGUAUUGGAAGAAGAAGUAGAAAGAGCAGCAAUAGCAGCAAUAAAAGCAAAAAUAAUAAUGGAAGCAGCAGAAAUAGAAGCAAAAAUAGAUUCGCGUCUCAUGCAUACUAAUAUAACAAGUGCUGCUGCACAAACAGCGCUCGUAAAGUAA